AUGCGUGCCAGCAGCGCCAUGUUGGGCCUCUCGGCGCGCACAUCUGCGCCCGUGCGCCUCGUGCUGCUCGACGCCUUUGGCACGCUGCUGCGCCCUCGCAUCGCGCCGCAUCUGCAGUAUGGAGAGGAAGCGCACAAGCUGGGCAUCGAGUACGAUGCCGACAAGCUCGCGCCGGCCUUCAAGCAGGCGUUCAAGCACCUCGCGGCAGCGCAUCCCAGCUAUGCGCCGCUCGGGCCCGACGCCUGGUGGACGCGCCUGAUCGUGCGUACGUUUGCCGAGUGUGCGCCCUCUGCGUCGUCUUCACAAGUCACAGGGGAACUGGCGCCGCGCUUGCUGCGGCGCUUCGCCUCCAAGGAGGCCUACGAGCUCUUUCCCGAGACGCUCGAGGCGCUGCAGGCCUUGCGCGCCCUGCCUCCUGCGCGCGCGCCCGACGUGGUGCUGGCGAGCAAUGGCGACGCGCGCAUCGUCGCGGCGCUGCGGCAACUGCUGGCGGCGCAUUCGGCGGCGCAUCUGCUCGAGCUGCGGCCGGGCCUGCGUCUCAGUCCUCGUCUGACGUGGGACUUACGCGCCAGCAAGCCCGAGCGGGCCUUUUUCCGCCGUGUGCUGGCGCGCGUCGGCGCCGCAUCCGAGGAGCAAGCAGAGGGAGAGGGAGAGAGAUGGGAUGAAAUGGCACGCCAGACGCUCGUGGUGGGCGACAUGCAAGCAGAGGACUACGACGGAGCAAGGGCGGCGGGCACGCAGGUGCUGCUGCUCGACCGCAACGGCACACAGCGCGACGUCGAAAGCGACGUGCGCAUCGAGAGCCUCAACGAGGUGGCAUUGUAUGUACAGCAGGCGAAUGCACAUCGAUGACCCAGAAUGCAACACAAGGCAAG